CUUUACUUUUUCACAUAAACAAAACUGUAUUAUAACAAUGGCACCACAUGAAGAAAAUAAUUUAAAUCAGUCAGGAGCUGGAACAAUGUAUCAUAGCCAUGGGAUGGAAGUAUUCCAUAAGCCUCGAUCCUAUGAAAUGAUAGACCAUGAUGCUGGAUUUAACCUGCAAAAACUGGCAUGGAUCGAAGAAAAAGACUCUUCCCGAGCAUUUGCAAAGGUCAGGAUUGUGGGCGAAGUUUCAGAGGAUGUGGUAUUAGUUGAACACGAAGAUUGUUCUAAAGAGGAGCAAGUUGCAAAAAGUAAAGUUUUCAUGAUGAAUCCACCUAAAUUCGAUCAUGUAGAAGAUAUGGCAGAAUUGCUUUAUAUGCAUGAACCAGCCGUUGUUCAUAAUUUAACUCAAAGAUAUAAAAAAAAUGAUAUUUAUACCUAUUCUGGACUCUUCUUAGUCGCAGUAAAUCCAUAUCGCUACUUGCCGAUUUACUCUACUGAAAUAAUUCGCCAUUAUCGAAAGAAGAGAAGAGGUGAAGUGCCACCACAUAUUUAUGCUAUUGCUGAUCAUGCUUUCUACGAUAUGCUUCAUGAUAAAGAAAAUCAAUCAAUCCUUAUCACUGGUGAAUCUGGAGCAGGAAAAACAGAGAAUACGAAGAUUGUUAUUCAAUAUCUAGCAUCAAUUGCUGGAAAUGGUAGUAAUGGAUUUGGGCCUGAUUAUCUGCAAAAGAGUAAAUUGGAAGUACAAAUUUUACAAGCAAAUCCUAUAUUGGAAUCGUUCGGUAAUGCGCAAACCAUCCGUAACAACAACUCUUCCAGGUUUGGUAAAUUCAUUCGAAUUGCCUUCAAUCGAAAUGGCGAUAUACGGGGAGCAUUUAUUGAUUGGUAUUUACUGGAAACGUCUCGUGUACAUACUCAAACUUUAGAAGAAAGAAACUAUCAUAUCUUUUAUCAAUUGUUGAAUGCAGACCCUCAAAUGAAAGUCUUGUUAAAGAUCGAUCAAAAAUGUCCAUCCGAUUUCAAUUAUACAAAAAAUUCGAAUCAUACUAUCCAGGGCGUAGACGAUGCUGCUGAGUAUAGUAAACUCGUACAAUCCAUGAAUAUAAUGAGUAUAUCCACCGAAGAACAAUUAGAAUUUUUCCGUAUUAUCGCAGCCGUUCUGUAUUUGGGCAACACGAUUGUAAACAGUAAUUACAGUAGGGUUGAAAUUAGUGGUUAUGAAAAUGCAUGCGAAAUUCUCGGUGUCUCUCAUCAACUUUUCAAAAAACAUUUGUUGGAACCUCAAAUUAGGGCCGGUAAUGAAUGGGUUAGUCAAUCAAAAUCACCAAGUCAGGUGAAAGAUAAUUUGGAUGCGCUUUCUAAAGUUCUAUACGAAAGAAAUUUUGGUCAGCUGGUAAAUCGUGUUAAUUCCGCUAUUGAUGGUCCUCAGUCAAUGGAGGGUAUGUCGAUCUCUGAAGGGGAAAGAUUUAUUGGUGUAUUGGAUAUUGCAGGGUUUGAAAUAUUCAAAAUCAACAGCUUUGAACAGUUAUGUAUCAAUUACACGAAUGAAAAAUUACAAGAUUUCUUUAAUCAAAACAUGUUUGUGUUGGAAGAGAAAGAAUAUGCACGCGAAAACAUUUCAUGUGAUGACUCUUUUGAUUACCGUAAUGACCUUCAGCCUACGAUUAAUUUAAUCGAAAGUGUUAAAAAUCCUAUUGGUAUUUUGUCCUGCCUUGAAGAUGAAUGUGUUACUCAAGGAACCGAUGAUCGCCUUUUAGCAAAGAUUACCGAACAAAAUAUCUCCAAUGAGCGAUUUAAGCGUGAUAUGUAUAACGAAGGCUUCUCGAUCAAACAUUACGCCGGAGAAGUUAAAUAUUCCACUGCUGGUUGGAUUGAGCGUGGUAAAGAUCCGUUAAAUGAGCACAUAGCUCGUCUUUUCGCUGAGUCUACCAAUGCUCAUGUUGCCACGUUAUUUAAAGACUACGCAACGGCCAAUACAUCAAUUUCAGCACCGCCCGUCCGCCAAGUAGACAUUCGUAAAUCCCUUUUUAGACUGCGUAAAGGCGGAGGAAACUUUCAUACAGUUGGGUAUAAGCAUAAGCAGCAGCUCUCGGUUCUGAUGAGUACCCUAAAAACUACUCACCCCCAUUUCGUUCGUUGUAUUUUACCAAACGACCGCAAACGUCCAGGAGAAAUUCAACCCCAACUAGUUUUGCAUCAAUUAAGAUGUAACGGUGUUCUUGAAGGUAUUAGAAUUUGCCGUGUUGGAUUUCCAAAUAGACUCUUGUUUGAACAGUUCAGAGAGCAAUACAAACUUUUAGCCCCCGAGUUAAUCAUGCACGAAAAAGAUCACCGCAAAGCAUGUCAGAUGCUUUUACAGUCCGUACCAGGUUUGCAAGCACACCAGUUUCAGAUAGGUAAAACCAAAGUAUUUUUCAAGGCCGGUAUUUUGGGCGAUCUUGAAGAGCAACGUGAUAUUCGUCUUUCUGAAAUUGCCACCAAAAUCCAAGCUGCUUGUCUUCGUCUCAUUGCUCGCCGUAAAGUGACACAGCGUCAAUCUCAAGAUAAAUUAAUUCGUACAAUCCAGAGAAAUAGUAGAAUUUAUAUUGACAUGAUGCAAUCAAGAUUAUGGAAAGUUUACCACAGACGAAAAGAGCUGCAGUAUACAUUUGGAACAGAAAAUGCAAACCAUAAAAAGAUUGAAGACUUAGAACAGGUUUUGGCGGCUUCACAAGAACAGCUGCAAGAACUUUCUGCCGAAAAUCAAAACCAGCUCAAGACACUGGAAAUUCAAGAAGAGACAAUAUCAAAUCUUCAGAAUUUGCUAGGCCAGGCUCAUCAGACACGCAUAUCAUUGGAAGAGGAGCGAGAUCAAUGGGUUGCCAAAUAUAAGUUUCUGGAGCAAGAGCUGAAGGAGACAAAUGAAAAACUUGAGCAGACACAGGCCGAACUAAAUACCACCAAGGAGUUUAGUGGAGAGCAGGCAGUCAUGUUAUCCAAAAUCCACAAAGAUAUUCAAGAGGAAUGCGAGGAAAAUGAGUCGCUUAUGAUUCAGUGCGAUGAACUUUGCAAAGAAAACAAUGACUUGCAAGACAAGUUAAGGUUCCUUGAAAGCGACAAGACGGUUUCUGAAGAAUUGCAAGCAGAAUUAGACUCACGGGAUGAAGAAAAUCAGAAACUCUGGGCAGAAAUGAGAGAUCAAGAAGUUCAACAUGUGCAAGAACUACAGUUAAAAAAUGAUAGGAUUACAGAUUUAGAAGAAGUGAUCGAGACCACGAGACAAAAGAAUGAAGAAAGGGACGCACUUCAUGCCAUGUUGCAAAAAGAAAUGCUACAAUACAAAGGAGAGAUACAUGAGAAGACACUGGCACAUAAUAAAAUACAGACUCAUUUUAAUGCAAUGGAAUCAUCACUCGCAAAAGAAACCGAAGAGAGAAAAUUAUACCAAAAGAAGAAUACACAAUUAGAAAGAGAAGUAGACAUGCUUACAAGGCUCGUCCAAAGCGAAGCGAAAGAGUCCAGAGCUCGUGCUGAAAGACUUGAAAACAUGGUUGCAUCUCUUCUGAAACGGUCUUCCGCAAGCGUUUAAAAAUAAUUAAUAAAAUUACUUACUUGCUUUUGAAAUAAAAAAAAAUAAAGGUCAAUAAUAUUUAAGACUUCUUUUUUUCUUUUUUUUGUUACAUUUUGUUACAUUUUGUUACAUUU